AUGGAUCAUAGGGAAUCGCUUGAUGUAUCGCAAAUAAAAUUUAUCCGAAAACAAUCCGAUAAACUAAUAUGUUUCGCAAAUAUACCACCACAGAAAGGAGUUGCGAUCUACAGAGAAUCCCUGCAAAAUAAAAAAAAUCUCAUACACCCACCAAAAUACAAAACGGAAUACAAGGCUUCCAGUAAUUUAAUGAAAAAUCGAUCGUUAAACGUUGAAAAAGAAAGAAAUGAGUGGCUGGAUAACAGUAACUCCGAGAAACGACAACGAUCUAUAAAAAAACUAAAAGAAGUUGAUGCAAACCGACUACCCGAACAAAAGAAAUUCGAUGAUCUUCGCGAAAGAUACAACAAAGUUUUUAAGAUUAAGGAACUCAUGGAAAAAGCCAUCAGUAAACACUCACUUUACGAUGAUUUUCUAAAAUCAGUAGUGAGGAUCGCUUCACCCGAAUUUAAACAACCUUACGAUUGUGUCCACCGUUACGAAGCUUUAAUGGACGCGAAAACAAUGAUUGGCGCAGAACAAGAAAAAUUAUUUUCGAUGUUACAACACGAAUUUACCGCAUAUCUUAAAAUGAAUAAUGACAACCAAUUAAAAUUAAUAGGACUCAUGAAUAAACACAACGAAUUAUACACACAGUAUGAACUCGCAAAAUCAAAGGUUAUGAAAUGGGAGAAUCAAGUUGGUUUAAUUUAUGAUUCAACAGUGGAAAUUAAAAGAUCAGUUAAUGAUGUUAAAGAGUCAUGUUUCGGUCUUUAUAAAAACAGUUGCGAUCGAAACACGGAUUGUUCGUUUGAUAAAGAUUUAAAUGUUAAGGAACAAUUGAAUGUUCUCAAGAAGGUAUUGAAUCAUUUUGAGAAUCUUAGCAAUGAAACAUUUAAAAUGGCUUUUGCUGCUAGAAGUGAAUUGUUUUAA